CCCAGCCUGCCGAGAAGUUCCCCUGCGGCCUGGUCCAUCAGAUGCUGCAGGACUUCCUGUCAUCUCGGCUGGAGGCGGUGGGUUAUAGCGCCCCCUCCUGUGGUGGUCUGGUCAAGGCGCUGAGUGAGGAGGUGAAGGCUCUGGUGAGGACUGUGUGUCCUGACCGCUACCGGCUGGUGUGUACUGUGGCGCUAGGCCAGCUGGGUCCAGAGGGGCAGCAAGGAUAUGGAGGGCUGGUACUGGCUAGUCGUAGUCUCUGGGAUCCCCAUACAGACACCUGUGUUGCCCACACCUACCGGAGCCAAGAGAUAUUCUGUACUGCAAAUGUGUUUGCUGUGUACUUCGAGUAAGGUAGAAGUUGACAAAGGCACUAAUCCGAUAUAUGAAAGUGGUCCAAAAAAAUUAAAAAAAAAGCUGUGACACAGGGUAUGCAUCCCAAAUGGCACCCUAUUCCCUAUAUAGAGCUCUGGUCAAAAAUAGUGCACUAUGGUCCCUAGUUGAAAGUAGUGCAUUAAAUAGGUUAAAGGGUGCCAUUUGGGAUGCAGACUCUUGAACUAGAGGUCACCAGCACUAGUCACUUCCUGUCUGUCCAAUUUGUAU